AUGGACCCGAUCCGGAGCUUCUGCGGGAAGCUGCGGACUCUGGCCAGCACGCUGGACGGUGAGACGGCCCGGCUGCAGCGAGCGCUGGACGGAGAGGAGAGCGACUUUGAAGAUUAUCCAACAAGAAUUUUACAUGACCUUCAUUCAGAAGUCUGGACUCUAAAGGACAAUAUUAAUAUUCUUCUUGAUAAAGCAAGAUUGGAAAAUCAAGAAAGCAUUGGUUUUAUAAAAGCAACAAAAAUACUGAUGAACAAAAAUUCAACAGAUAUUACAAAAAUAAGAGAGUUUUUCGAGAAGUAUGGAUAUAAUCCACGUGUCAAGGAAAAUUCAGUGUGUGAGCAAAGAGUCACUGACUCCCCCUCAGAGCUGGCUCAGUGUGGAUACCUACAGAAGCCUGACCUGCAGGGCAGUCUGCCUGGCUCUUCUCUUUCUGAGAAGCCCCCACGGAGUCCACAGCUCUCAGACUUCGGACUUGAGCGGUAUGUGGUGUCCCGUGUUCCACCCCAGCAGGCAACAAUCAACCGUAAGGAAGAGCACAGAGCUAAAACUCCGCCUGCCAAACAAUCAGUAAUUCAAGUACCAAAAACCCCAAAAUGUGCGCUAAAGAUGGAUGAUUUUGAGUGUGUAACUCCUAAAUUAGAACAUUUUGGUAUCUCUGAAUAUACUAUGUGUUUAAAUGAAGAUUACACAAUGGGACUUAAAAGACUGAAGAAUAUUAAAAGUGAGGAGACCACAGGAACAAAACCCAUCACCAAUGAUAACGUUUUUGCCACUCCUGGCCCGGUAAUCCAGCAACUGGAUAAAAGCGAUGCCGAGUAUACAAAGUCCCCCUUGGCACCUACAUUCUGCACUCCUGGUUUGAAAAUUCCUUCUACAAAGAACAGCACAGCUUUGGUAUCCACAAAUUUUCCAUUAUCAGAAACAAAUAUUUCAGCAAGUGAUUUGGAAGUUAAAGAUUGUACUUCGUUAGUUUUAAGUUCAGAUGAGUGCUUUGAGAAUUUUACAGAUCCUUCUUCUCCUACAAUUUCUUCUUAUGAAGAUCUGCUCAGAACACCUACACCUCCAGAAGUAACAGUAAUUCCAGAAGACAUACUCCAGAUUUUACCAAAAUACAACUCCAACCUCGCUAUGCCAAUAGCAGUUAAAGCAGUUCCUUCCAGGAAAGGGUUCCUCAGACAUGAAGGACAGAGCAUCCGAGAUGUUGCCAACAAGGAAAACUGGUGAAAGUGAGUAGGAUACCAGGCUAAGAAAGUAUAGGUGUUAGUUGAGGAGGAUGACAUUUGAAAAGUAAUUGAAAUGGUAGUGAAAUUUGUUUUUAAUUGACAUUUGCCAACUU